CAGGGCCAGACACGGUGUACGGUCAGAGUACUCCGGAUCAAAGUAUUCUUUGACUGUUACAGUUUCGACUGCGAUUUUCUCAAAAUUUUCGUCGCUCGCUUCAUCUUCUCCUCUGUGUUCUUUUCGAUAUCUCUUAAAUUUCUCUGUCUGUAACCUUAGUCGCUUUGUUAGAUCGCUUAAUUACUGUAGAUUGAGGAGAAAUUUGCACCAAUUGACCCUGCUUCUGCAAAUUUACGACUUCUGUUGCUGAAUUAGGGGGUGGGGCAAUGCCAUUGGAUUUGCUGCUGAAGCCGUCGUGCAGUGGAUGCGGAUCCACGACGGAGUUGUAUGGGAGCAAUUGCAAGCACAUGACGUUGUGCUUGAGCUGUGGCAAAACUAUGGCUGAGAAUAAGGGCAAAUGUUACGACUGUGGUGCUACUGUUACUCGCUUAAUAAGAGAAUACAAUGUUCGAGCGAGUUCAAGUAGUGACAAGAACUACUUCAUUGGUCGGUUCAUGAGUGGGCUGCCAAACUUUUCGAAGAAAAGAAAUGCCGAGAAUAAAUGGUCUCUUUACAAGGAAGGUCUACAAGGACGCCAGCUUACUGAUGCCCUGCGGGAAAAGUACAAGAAUAGACCCUGGCUUUUGGAAGAUGAAACUGGCCAAUCUCAAUUCCAAGGACAUCUCGAGGGUUCACAAUCAGCAACAUAUUACUUGCUUGUAUUGCAAGGAAAGGAAUUUACUGCCAUUCCUGCAGGUUCUUGGUACAACUUCAACAAAGUGGCACAGUAUAAGCAACUUACAUUGGAGGAGGCAGAAGAGAAAAUGAAGAACCGAAAGAAGACAGCAGAUGGAUAUGAAAGAUGGAUGAUGAAAGCUGCAAGUAAUGGUCCUGCGGCAUUUGGUGAAGUUGAGAAGUUUGACGAUAAAGAUAGUGUUGGUGCUACUGGCAGGGGACGCAGAAAACCUACUAGUGAUGAUAAUGAAGGUAAUGUUUCAGAUAGGGGAGAAGGAGAUGAAGAAGAAGAGGCAGCAAGGAAGAACAGAUUGGGACUCAACAAAAAGGGUGGUGGUGAUGAUGAUGAUGAGGAAGGCCCUAGGGGAGGUGACCAUGACUUGGAUGAUGAUGAUAUCGAGAAAGGAGAUGAUUGGGAGCAUGAAGAGAUUUUUACCGAUGAUGAUGAAACUACUGCUCCAGAUCGUGAAGAAAGGGAGGAUUUAGCCCCUGAAGUUCCAGCACCUCCAGAGAUUAAACAGGAUGAAGAAGACGAGGAUGAAGAAAAUGAAGGAGAGGGGGGGCUGAGCAAAUCUGGGAAAGAGUUGAAGAAAUUGCUUAAACGUACUGGGGGGCUUAAUGAUUCAGAUGGAGAGGAUGACGACGACGACGACGACGAUGAUGCGGAAGAGGAGAGUGGUGGCACUCCAGUUGCGCCUUCAAAGCAGAAGGAUGCAGUUAAAGAAGAAGCUGCAGCCAACAGUCCCUCAAAACCAGCUCCUUCUGGAUCUGCUAAGGGAACCUCUUCUACUGCAAAGACAGCAAAGGGGAAAAGAAAAAAUGGCGAGGAUGUGAAACCAUCCAGUGCACCUCCAAAGAAAAUGAAAACAGAGACGGAAUCAAAGUCGACAGAUGAAGGCGUGUCUACUUCUAGAAGUACGGCCUCAAAAGGUGCAGCAGCAUCAGUCAAAACAGAACCAGCAUCCGCUUCUGGACCUGUUACUGAGGAAGAAAUUAGGGCUGUUUUGCGACAAAGGACACCUGUAACUACACAGGAUCUUGUUGCAAAAUUCAAAGCAAGACUACGAUCUCACGAGGACAAGAAUGCUUUUGCUGAAAUACUGAGGAGAAUUUCAAGGAUUCAAAAGACGAAUGGAGGACCAAGCUAUGUUGUGUUGAGAAAACCUGAAGACUAGAAGAAGUAAGGACAUGUUUCAUCUUUGAUGGUUAUGUGGUGCUUUAUUAUCUAUUAUUAUCCAUGCAAACAAUAGAUUUGUGUAAGAGAUUGGUAUAUGUUGAGAAAGAAACAAAGAAUUCUACAGGCCCUUUUUGUAAAACUAAUUGUUGGUAGUGUUUGUAUGAAGAUUCAUAUAUGAAUUACGAUCCCUA